GGAAAGACGAACACAACUGAUGUAGGAUUUCUACUGGGUUGAAUUCCGCCAUAUCCUGGUAGAAAUCCAGGCAGCUUUCGUACACGAUUUCGGGCAGAUGUAUGACAUUGCCACUUUCAUCGACCCCCUCCCGUCAUAUGUCGGAAAGAGGGAUGAUUACCUCAUGAUGGCUCUGGAUUUUCCACAAGGCCAACCCUUCUCCUCGGACGAUGUGAUCCCCUAUCGCGUGGGGGGCAGGGAGUACAUGAUUCAUAUAGCGCACACACACUUCGAUUCACAUUGCCCGUGCGGACCGCCGAAAUUAUCACUAAGGAGCGCUAACACUCCGCGUGGUCGCAGACGGCAGGGCCCGGCUGCCCUCCAUGCGAUCCGGCGCCCACGUAGGCUGACGGAAGGCGGUUUGAGCCACGCGUCUUGCCCCACGUUCGCGGCGACGCUGACGUGGCAGCCCCAUCAGAUGUGGGAUUGGCAGGGGAGCGUGGGAGUUUGUGGGCGCGGACUUCGAGGCGGUUCAAACGUACCGAUGGCUUCAAUGGGAGAUGACCAGCAUCGUGCUGCCGAUUGGCUCUCAUCUAUUCGAUGUCGUUUACAGGUGAUGGUUGAUGCACUGCGAUCACAAUUGGGAGCUCGAUUUGAGGUUGGUGGGGGGGCAGCUUCAUCGGACCCGCCGUUUCAGGAAGGGAUGAGCAACAUGUUGCGGGUCAUCCGGGAGUUGGAGGAGGGGCCACCUUUCCAAUGGGAUGGUCUCAUAGAUAGUCAGCAGGACGAGACUCUGAAGCGGUGUUGCUACGACAUCUUCGAGGUGGGGCAGGAUGUGUAUGCAGCGCUGGAGGAGGAGUGGUACCUGUACUUAGAGACGGAAGAGGGGCAUGAUACUGACGCAGGCAUCAUCAGCUGUGAACACGUCAACAACGGUUAACCAACGCGCGCCGAUCAGGGGAGCAAACAAGGGGAUCGCAAGCUCGGGCGCGCGCGGAAACAACGACAGA